AUAUCAAGGAUCUCUACUCUUUCUCAUUCAAUCCCUCUCUCUUUCUCAACUUAUCUAUGAUAACAAAAAUGUGAUAAUGAAAUAAAAAUCUUCAACGUGAUAACGACAAUAACAUGCAUUUUUAUUCCAUUUAUUUCAGCUUCCGACUGCCGUUUGAAUUCUAUGUUGUUUCGACUAAAUAUUAUUUACCGGUUUCGUAAUAACCAUGGCAUUAUUCGUUAAACACUUAAGGUUAGGCCUUAUUGUCAAACAUGGGUUUCACCCAUUACCACAAUUGACAGCUGCUAAAUACAGUGUAUAUCCUCCUCAUUAUGUGGAACCUGUCUUUAAGAAACAAGAUAUAGAUAAAUUACAAGAAUCUGGAGAAAUUGAAAAUUAUAAAUUGGUUCCAUUUAAAGCUGCUAGAAGUAAUGAUACAUGCUCUGUAUUUCAUGAUCCUUUAGUCUCAAAAUUCAUAAAUUAUAUGCUCAAAAAAGGGCAAAAGAAGAUAGCACGUCAAGUUUUAGAAAAUACAUUUGAAAAAAUUAAGAGACUACAGCUAGCAAAGUAUAAUAGAGAAACAGAUCCAGAGAGGAAAGCUUCCAUAAUUAUAGAUCCUGUCAUCAUAUUCAAAAAAGCAGUAUCUAAUUGCAAACCACUUUUAAAAUUGACUGCAGUAAAACGUGGAGGUUCCUAUUAUCAGGUUCCAGUACCAAUUACAGAUAAAGAAUCUACUUUUUAUGCAAUGAGAUGGUUUGUACAUUGUGGCCGAGAAAAGGACAAAGCUGUUAGUUUUGCUGAUUUCAUGGCAUCUGAAUUAAUCAAUGCUUCUAAUAAUGAUGGACGUGUUUUCAAAAAGAAACUAGAUCUACAUAAACUUUGUGAAGCAAACAGAGCAUAUGCACACUACCGUUGGAGUUAAAUAUUUAAUAUUUUUUAUACAAUUUACAUAUUAGAUGUGUAAUAAACUUUUUUUUAGUCAUACCAUAUUUGCAAUUCAAUCAAUGAAAUUGUACAUUAUAGUGAUUAUUUGUAAAUGUCAAAUUUGCAUUUUCUCUGCAUCAUUAUUAAAGUAAAUUACCCUUACUA